GAAGAAGAAACAACCUUUUGCAUGCAAUUUUUCUUUUUCUUUUGGCGUUCUGGAUUGCAGAUUUGCAGGGCUGCCGCGCAAACUGGAGAACUAGGCAGCCGAGAAUUUAAAAAAUGGAGGAACAAGACCUGUCGGUACCCAAAGAACUGGGGGAGAGCUUGACGGAGGUAGGAAGAGGCCAUGACGCUGCCCAAGGGGAGCCCCUCACAAAGUCUGUGACUAAGGCAACUCCACGGCACGUUAAACAGGAACUCGAGGAGGGGCUGCAACAGGGCUGGGGAGCCCAGUGGUCGGAGUUCCUGAGCACACCGCAGUCCCCUCCUUCCAGAUGGGAAAACGUACCGCCCCAGUCAGGGCCCAGUGUGAAAGAAUCCCCAGCCUCCGUGAAAGGAGCAGCUGAGGCCGCUGGCCGCUGGCCUAGAAGAGAGUACGCAACCCAGACGGCGCCAGGCCCCUGUGACAAAGCCCACGAGGCCUACCGAAGCCUGGACCUCUCUGUGGAAGUGAAGGAAGAGGUUCCGGAGGAGGGCGCCCUCGACUCGGAGAGCCGGCGCCAGGGCUUCCGGCAGUUCUGCUACCAGGAGGCCCAGGGUCCCCGGGAGGCCUUCAACCAGCUCUGGGCGCUUUGCCGUCGGUGGCUGAAGCCAGAGAGACGCACCAAGGAGCAGAUCCUGGAGCUGGUGACCCUGGAGCAGUUCCUGAGCGUCCUGCCUUUAGCCAUGCAGAGCUGGGUCCGGGAGCGCGGCCCAGAGACCUGUUCCGAGGCGGUGGCCCUGGCGGAGGACUUCUCGAUGAGACGGCCCGAGGCUGAGGGACGCCGGCCAAGCCCUCCUCCUCCUCCCCAGAGAGCCAGAGAAAAGGACGGCGGCAGGCUGGCUUGGAACAUGCCGGUGCCUUUGGAAGAUGUGGCUGCUAAUUCCCCCACGACGGAGCAAGAUCCGUCGGAAAGCACAGUGAAGCUGCAGUUCACCACCGAUGCCAAGAAAGUAGGCGAGAGGGAGGCCAUUUUGCCGGGGGGUGAUCAAAUGAGGGCAAAAGAAGGAAAUAUUCAGCUGGAAAGACCCCAGACAGCGGAACUCAAUGAGACGUCAUUGGGAAGAGCCCAAGGAAACCCCUUCUCGUUUCAUGGUGAGGAAGGGGUGAUGCCUCAGAAUCAGCCAGAUGCACAAAGUCUUCAAGAAAACCAUUCUGGGAAGGAAACAGAAAAGGCCCUGAUUUGUGAAGAAGGCACCGGAAAUACGGUGAACGAAGAGAUCCUUCGGUGUAAGACCAAAAAGGCGUGUACCGAGUGUGGAAACCUUUGUGAGGUCUUCGAACUCCCCGCGAGUCAGAAAACGCAAACGGAAGAGGAGUUUUACAUAUGCCCUCGUUGUGGGAAGACCUUCAAGAACGGGGCGUCCCUUGCACUGCGCCAGGGGGCUUUGGCUGGAGCAAAACCUUAUCCGUGCUCUGAGUGCAGCAAAAGCUUUGGCACCAAGGCUUCCCUCCUGAAGCACAAGGGGACCCACACGGGCGAGAAACCCUACGUGUGCUCCGAGUGCGGGAAGUGCUUCACGACCAGCUCCAACCUGAUCUACCACAACAUCGUGCACACAGGAGAGAAGCCGCACAAGUGCUCGGACUGCGGCAAAAGCUUCCACUGGAAAUCCUCCCUGAUCACGCACGAGCGGACCCACACGGGCGAGAAGCCGUACGAGUGCCCCGAGUGCGGGAAGAGCUUUGGCAACAGCUCCCAGCUCCUGCGACACAGAAGGGUCCACACCGGCGAGAAGCCGUACCACUGUUCGGAGUGCGGCCGGAGCUUCAACCAGAUCGCUUCUCUCAUUGCACACAAGAGAAUCCACACGGGGGAGAAACCCUACGAAUGCUCCGAGUGCGGGAAAGGUUUCGGCACCCGCACGAACUUGAUGAUGCACAAGAGGGUUCACACAGGAGAGCGGCCAUACAAGUGCUCCUACUGCGGGCAGAGCUUCAGCCAGCGGACACAUCUGAUCAUCCACGAGAGGACCCACACGGGAGAGAAGCCCUAUACAUGCCCCGAGUGCGGGAAAAGCUUCAACGCCAAGGCGCCCCUCAUCACGCACCGGAGGACCCACACGGGAGAGAACCUUUACCAGUGCUUCCAGUGCGGGAAGAGCUUCAGCACCAGCUCUAAUCUCCUCAACCACAACAUCAUCCACACAGGAGAGAAGCCGCACAAAUGCGCGGACUGCGGCAAGUGCUUCAAUCGGAAGUCGUCCCUCAUUACCCACCAGAGAACCCACACGGGGGAGAAGCCAUACGCCUGCUUCGAGUGCGGGAAGCGUUUCAUUUCUAGCUCGGACCUGACGAAGCAUAAAAAAGUCCACCGGGGGAAACGUUCAGGCUGCACCGAGAGCAUCGUGUAUAGCCCGGCGCUCGCAGAACCAGAAAGCAUUCAGCCGGGAGGGCAGCCAUGUUAGAGCCAAACUAAGAGGUCAUGUUGGUGGGCCCAGCUCUUUAAAUAGUUCAUAUAUACCCCAGUUCAUAUAUACCCUAUGAAUUAUGGGAGUCACAGUCCAACACAACUGACAGACAGCAGGCUGGGGAAGGGGGAUAGAUAAAGUCAGAGCUGGAGGCUCCAAUUUUAAGAGCAAAAGGGGAGUCCAGGUGGGUGUUUCUUAAUCUUCUCUCCUGCCCGUGCCUUACCUCUCCACCGUCUGUUCCCCCCCCCCCCCCCGGCAUCUUUUUUCCCUUACUUGUGCUUCUGUACUGGGAAAUGGGCUCAUCUGGUGGGAGAAAAGAGCCUGGGGACGCAGGCUGUGGGAAGAUUAGUCAUAAGCAGGGGAACUGUUUAAGAGCCUAAGGGGCAUGUGAGCAGAAGAUUGUAAACCAGGGCUGCACAUUUUGGCCCUGAGGCUGCAUUGGGAGCCUGCUGGGGAGGCUGCAUAGGUGGUCGCACACACACACACAGAGCGCUCAAUUCACCUCAGCAGCAGCGGAUCUUGGUUUUGCAGCAGUGGCAUCUGUUCCAUGUUGCAGUUUCAGGGCAUUGACGUGCCGCCCCCCCCCUCCCAACCUGGUCACCAAAAGAAUUAAAAGCUCUCAGAACAGGCUCUAUGGUGCCUGUCAUAGAAGCCUUGUUCCUAGAGCAUCCUCAGAAGCAGGAACGUUCAAACACGGCUGCCUAUGGAACUCCAGGGACAUUUGAGGAACGAGUUUGCUAUGGCAGGAACCACAGAGUCUGUUCCUAGAGUGUUUGUUUUUAACCGGCUUUUUUCAGCCGUGGCCGAUUCUGGGAGUUAUGGGGUUGCCAGACAAGCCCUGCGGCCCCCACUUUUCACACCCAUGUUCUAAACCCUCCCCACCAUCUGUUGUCCCUCCUCCCCGGCGUUUUCUCCCUCAGUCAUUUUCUGAUACCGCAAGUGAGAGAGAAAAAGACCUGGGGAAACCAGUGAGGUAAAUCAAAAGGGUUUGCAACAACAUUCUCCAACUUGCCAUCCUCCAGAUAUUGUGAGCUUUAACUCCAUCAGCCCCAGCCAGUACACCACUGGUGAGGAAGGAUGGGAGUUGUAGUCCAAAACAUCCGGGGAGCGACUGAUUGGGGAACUCUAGUGCCCUCCCGAUUUACAACCUAGAAGUCUUGUUUAUGACCAUCUGCCUCUCCUCCUCUGAAGGUUGGAUCGCUAACAAUAAACAUGCCCUCCUGCUUUAUAUAUGAUGUCGACAUUUCUGAUUUGGGCCUUGGCGAUUUUUAAAAAUUCCUUAACGAAUAAUUUUCAUUUGCGUUGGAAAAGGCGCAUAUGACUGAAGCCAUAUAAGGAAGCUCACAAGUAUAGAAAAGUUGUGGCGUGAAAGUGUAAGAAAUGGAGAUGAGUGUUUUAGAACUUUUCCCAGAAUCCUCUUCAACACAGUGGUUCUUCAGAGAACAAGUUGAUGCAGAAUAGGGGCUCCUCAAGUCUUAAAAGGAACAGCUUCUGCUGGAACUUGCAAACAUACUGCAUUCAUUCAGGAACACCAAGCUGGACUGGAAUUUUGAAAAUUUUCUCUGGGCCAAAAAAAAUGUCAGGGUGAUGGCGAAGUUGCUGAUUAUUCAUGUUUUGGAAAUGCACUCCGAAAUACCUUGAACAGGCCUGAACACACCUUGAUAACUUUUGCCAUGCUACUCAUAGUGAAUCCGGUGAUAUUUCCAUAUUUUAAUGAUGUGCUAAAAGAAAGGAAGGGGAAUUAUGAGCCCAGAGAUCAGGCAUUUGGAAAUUUGAGGCUGGCACUAGUAUGAUCUAAAAUACCUAUUCACGGAUGGUGCCUGAAAAAACAUUGUUAGGAGCUUCAAACCUAACUUAGCACGAAUGUUUUUUCCACCUGCAGGAUGAAUUUUAUGCAGGCAGUGAAAAAAGACACCCACGCUUUCUUCCACUGUAGCAGAGUGGGGAAUUUCAAAAUUAGUCAUGUUUUUAAUAUAGCUAUUUGAUACAUGUAUUUCUUUCUGACCAAGAUAAGCUGCUCAGAGCUAGGAGGUUGAGAUUAGGUAGAAGGGCCAUGUAUAUGUAUUAAUGGUAGAUUUUAAGUCAAGCCUUUUGCUUUUCCCCUUAUGAAAACUGAGUUUUUCAACAUGUCCUGUUCCAUAUACUGUCUGUGUGCUAUUGGCCAGUUACUAUUACGUGUGUGCCUGCUUUAUGGCUCUUUGCACAUUUGGAAUACAUUUAAUGUUGGUGCUCCCUCUUUUUCUUUUAAGCCAUAUUGGUAUUAUUUCCACCUUUCCUCAUUGCUCUUUUUAUAGCCUGCCCAUUAUUAUGUCACUUGAAGUCUUGUGAAUGCAACUUAGGUUUUGUGAUGUGCUUAUUAAACAAUGUGUUGUG